AUGAAGACCUUUGCCAUCGCCGCCGUCCUUGCGGCCUCCGCUGCUGCAACCCCCGCGGCCACCCAGAAGCGGGCCAACAUCACCCCCGUCACUGUCAAGGGAAAUGCUUUCUUUGCUGGCAACGAGCGUUUCUACAUCCGCGGUGUCGACUACCAGCCCGGUGGCGCCUCCGAUGCAAAGGACCCCAUCGCCGACGAGGCUGGCUGCAAGCGCGACAUUGAGAAGUUCAAGGAGCUCGGUAUCAACACCGUCCGCAUCUACACUGUCGACAACAGCGCCAACCACGACGCCUGCAUGGGUCUCCUCGCCGAUGCCGGUAUCUACCUUGCCCUCGACCUCAACACCCCCAAGUACUCUAUCAACCGCGCCGAGCCCCAGAAGUCGUACAACAAGGUCUACCUCCAGAGCAUCUUCGCUACCGUCGAGAUGUUCGCAAAGUACGACAACACACUGUUGUUCUUCUCCGCCAACGAGGUCAUCAACGACGACAAGACCACCAACUGCGCUCCCUACGUCAAGGCCGUCACCCGUGACAUCAAGUCUUACAUGAACGCCCGCGGUCUCCGCAAGAUCCCUGUUGGUUACUCCGCCGCUGACGUCGAGAGCAACCGCUACGAGAUGGCCGACUACAUGAACUGCGGUGACGAUGCCGCCCGCAGCGACUUCUUCGGUUUCAACGACUACUCCUGGUGCGACCCGUCCUCCUACACCACCUCUGGUUGGGACCAGAAGGUCAAGAAGUUUGCCAACUACAGCAUCCCCAUUUUCCUCUCCGAGUACGGUUGCAACAAGGGAACCCGAAAGUUCGAGGAGGUCAAGUCGCUCUACAGCACCGACAUGACCGGCGUGUACUCCGGUGGUCUCGUCUACGAAUACUCCCAGGAAGACUCCAACUACGGUCUCGUCGAGAUCAACGGCGACUCCGUCAAGGAGCUCGCUGACUUCACCGCCCUCAAGGACGCUUUCUCCGCCACCAAGAACCCCAGCGGCGACGGUGGCUACAAGAAGGACGGCCAGCCCGCCACCUGCCCCGACCAGUCCAAGACCUGGGACGUCACCAUGAAGAGCGACGAGCUUCCCGCUGUCCCCUCCGGUGCCCUCGACCUCAUGAAGAAGGGUGCUGGUGACGGCCCUGGUCUCUCCGGCUCUGGCUCCCAGCAGGCUGGUUCUUCCGACGAGAACCUCGCUCCUGCCGGCUCCGGCGCUGUCACCUCCGGUGGCAAGGUCCCCACUGCUACCGGUGGCAGCAGCCCCUCCGGCUCCGAGGGUGCCGCCGCUUCCAUCCGCCCCGAGUUCAGCUUCGCUCCCCUCGUCUGCGGUGCCGUUGUCCUCGCCUCUUCGCUCUUCGGCGGUGCUCUCAUCUUGUAA